AUGAAAGAAAUGGAGGCAACGGCACAUGAUGGUGAGGACGAUGGUGGUAUUCCGGAGUUUCAAAUGUAAGUGAUCUUAAAGUUAUAAAAAAAAUCGUAUUAAAGCUAAAAUUGAUUAAUUAAACAAUUGUUUAAUUAAUAAUUAUUAAUUUUAAUUUAAGUACUGACUUAUUCUAUCUUGCCGCCCAGAUCCGUAAAUUUAUUAUAAUAAAUAUACAGGGCGUGUCGCAGGGGCGUAUACAACGGGGGGCGAUAGAUGCGAUCGCCCCCCCCCCUGGGCAUUGUUAAAUUUGUUUCAUGUAUAGGUGAAUUCUUAUUCUAUUAUUAUUAAGUUUUUUAAAAAAAGUUAAUUUUUUUUCUGCGGAAAUGUUAAUCAAAAACUUUUUAAAAGAUUGAUAAGAGAUUAGAGAUAUUGUAGCUAUCAUCAACAUAUCCAUCAACUGUUGGUUAUAAUAAUUAUAUUGUGACUAUCUAUACGGUUAUUGUCUGCACUCUGUAACCAUGGUCCGUGUCAUUAACAUAUUCUUUUUUUCGGGGAAUGAGAUCGUGGAGCCGUGAUAACUAUAUCAUGACAAUAAUCGAUAAGCUUUAAUAGAAGAACGGCGCAUGGUAGUACGAGUACAGCUCUACAGGUCUGCAGUACCCAGUACCCGGCGUUUGUACUAGCAGUUUUUAUCAAUGCUCAAUAUUGCAAUUCGCAAUACACGAAAUAAUGGCUAACAAUGGCAUUAGGGAAAAAAAAGUCCCUGACCAAAAACCACGUAAGGAAAAAAGCCCCGGAGAAGCAAACAAAUAUUUCUUUAAAAUUAGCUACUACGAAAACUACAAUGUUCAUUCUACAACUACGUUCUUUCAAUGACCGAUACGGAUACAUUGACUACAAAUAUACUAAAAAUUAUUAUUUAAAAACCCCCGAGUCCAAAAAAUACAUCGUACUGGUUUGGAACAUUAUAGUAUUAUUAUUGCAACACACUAAUUAAAAAUAAUGUAAUAUAUCUCAUAUUCUAAUAUAUGGGUAUUACGUAUGUAUAUUUUAUUGUAUUUUUUCCCUCAGAGAUAAAGAGGGACCACGCACAGGACAACAACCGCCACCGUUAUUACGAUCGAGUACAUUGCCCGCCAUCAUUGUACCUGGCUUCAACAUUUUACAAGCUCAAAUCGGACCGAAUUCCACAACAAACGGUAUUGUUUUUAUAUAAUCACAAUAUAUUUACAUUUUUUUAAAUUAUUAUAAUUAUUUUUUCAUUACAAUAGUCAAUAGUAUAUUAUGUUUUACAUAGGUACCUAAUUAGGUACAUAAUUACAUGCGGUAGCUUGCGUUGGAUUUUAAAAUAAAGGUUUAAAUUUGUUUAUCAAGUAUGGAAACUAAACAAACUCACGUAACUUCAGGAGUCUCUUAAGGAGAUCAUUUAUCUCCGAUAUUAUUCCGUCUAUUUAUAAACGAUAUCUCAAAAGCUGUUUUGUUUUUAAAAAUCAUACUGUUUGCCGAUGAUGCCAAAAUAUUUAGAGAAAUUAGAAGCCCGAAUGAUGCUUUUAAAUUGUCGUUCGAUUUAGAUAAUAUUUUUAGAUGGUGCCAAAAUAAUGUUUUAUAUUUAAACAUAAAAAAAUGUUCUACGAUUACUUUUUCUUUGAAAAGAACGAAAAUACAGUUCAAUUAUUCAUUAGCAAAUAUUAAUUUAUCAAAAAUAUCCGUAGUUAAGGACCUUGGGGCCUAGCUUGAUGUAAAACUUUUUUUAAAUGACCAUAUAAAUUUUAUUAGAAACAAAGCGUAAUUGGGGUAACUUAAAUUUAAAAGGUGGGUAGGACUUGGGUAACGUUACCUCAACUCCACCUAUGGAAAAUUCGACUUUCCGGGAAGAUAGGUGGAGCUGGAAUCAUGAAAAUAUGGUCAGGAAUUUAUAGAAAUUGAGUAAUAAUUAUUGACGCAAAAAAAACUACAAAACUCAAAUCGGGGGAGGGUUUAGGUAAACGUACGUAAUUUUUAUAAAAAUGAAUAAAUGAAAUGAUUGAUUGCCCUGAAAUACCUCAAAACAUAAAUUUUUAAAUCAAAAAACUGUGAUAAAAACAUAUUUUAUAUACAAAUGUAAACACAUAUUAUAUGUAAAAUUCACCGUCGAAUAUUCUAAUGUGGGCUAGUAAUUACGUGAAGAAUAUUGAUUUUUUUUAAUACAUCUUCAACAAAGUUUUUCAGUUUAGGUUUUAAAAACUAUAAAAGCACACUUAAGUAAAAAAGAAAUUUUAUGUGUUAAAAUAAAUGAAUAAUAAAUAAGUUAUGAAAGUUUGUUUUCUUUUUUUUUUUAUUAUUUAGUUUUACUUUGUAUUUUUAUAAAUCAUGUAUUUUCUUUAUUCUUUGGAUUUGCGAAUUUCUCUAAUUUAGUGUACAUAUGUCAUAGCUAUGUAUAUUUCAUUGUAUAUAACAUGUAUAAAAAUGUAAUUGGAAUUUUAUUUCCGUUAAUAAAAAGAAUAUUAUUAUUACUAUUAUAAAUCCAAAAAAAAGACAAAUAGCUUGUUUACAUGUAGUAAAAAGCUAACAUAUUCACUAUAAAACGAUUAAAUAAUAUUGUGGUUGUUAGUGCGCAUAAUAAUUUAUUGUAAUAUUGAAAAUUAAAAUGUUCACCAAAAUCAACCAUAAUGUUAUAAAAACUGUUGAAUAUAUAGUAGAUAUAUGUCUUGACUGGUUUUGUUGAACUUAUUUGGUUUUACAAUGAUGUGUUUUUUUUCAUAUGUUUUUAAAUAACUUUUCUAUCAGAAUUCUGCUCCAAUCAAAAAUGUAUGUGAUGUUUUUAGCAAAAAUGUUGGUCGUUUUAUGAUUUUCCUUGUAGUUUUUUUUUAAACAAUGAGAAGAAAUGCCAAUUUUGUGUUUAAUUUUUAUUAAUAUCUGAGUUUUAUCAGUAUAAAGGGAAUAAAUAAGACUAAUAAUAUUUUGCUUAGAAUCGUUUUCUGUUAAACGUGAAUUUUCGUAACGUCAGAUUAAAAUUAAAUUGUUCGAUAUCCUCUUUUUUAACUUUUUACCUCAAACAGCGGCACUUCCAUCAGUAGUUAAUAAUAUUUAAAUCUAUAGGUAUAAUUUAUAUAAUCAUUAUAUUACAUUUUUUGUGUACAAUUUAUAUAAGCAAAUCGUCAAUUUGGCAGCCUUAUAUUUUGUCAUAACAAUGAAAAUAGACUCAAUGAUUUGCUACAAAUUUGUUACAUUUACUGUUGCAUUUUCAAAAUUUUCUACUGGCUGGUUUUUCCUACAGACCGAAAUUAAACCUGGCGGUGCAAUGUUAACGUAGUACCGACACAUUGUCCAAUAACUCUAAACUAGUAUCCAAAAACUUUUUUCUACAAUUUGCUACUGGAUUACCAGAAUUUGUUACUUUUCCGUUUUCCUAGAAUUUGGAAAAUCUAUAAUCGAUCAGGGCUGGCAUUUUAUUAUUGCUUAUUUAUUUAUUUUCAUAUAAAAAUGUGUACAUAGUGUUUAAAUUAAUAAAUUACAAGUAUGAAACCUCUCCAAAAAUCAAGUUUGUGACUGGAGGGAUGAGUUACUAAGAUUGUGUCAUAUUAAUACAAAUAUAAAUGUUAAGUAUGUAAGUACAUAAUUUAAUAAUGAAUAUAAUAUAAAAGACGAAUAAAAGAAAACGUCAAUCUAGUUAAAAAAAAAAUUGUUAUUUAUUAUUAUAAAUAACAAAUUUUUUUUCCUAUUUUUUUAAAAAUUGUUAGGUAUAUAUAGAAGAAAGUUAGAUGCUAAGAUCAAUGAGAAUAAGAAAGAAUUAGAAAAAUUCGAGUAUCAAACCGAACAACUAAAUACAGAUAUCAUUAGAUUUCAAAGUAAAUUAGAUGAAGUAAUUAAAACUAAUGAUGAAAAUUAUAAAUCAUCGAUAGAAAAAGUUGAAAUAAUAACAUACUGUCAAGGAGUUGAACGAAAGGAAAUCAAUAGAAGAACAUUGAUGGAAACAAAUAGAGAAGAUUCAUAG